AACUCAAACAGAGAAAGGAAUCAUCGCAUGCCUCCUCUUCUCCUAUCUUCUCCUCUCAAACAUCAGAUCUGUAUAACAAAUUCAAAUUGAAUCGACAAACUUGAUCAUAAUUUCUUCCCCAAAUCAGCAAUGGGGGAUUUCAACCUAGCAUUGUUGAUCGUCGCCAUUAUCGUUUGUGUAUUGGUCUUCAUUUUCAAUGUCUACCUUCUUAUUAACUAUCAGCAUCCUGAUGAUGUCAACCAAGCUUACUUUCCUAAAUUCGUCGUUGUUUUGGGACUUUCUGUUGCCGUUAUCUCCAUAUUAAUGCUUCCCGCUGAUGUCGCUAAUCGCCACGCUUGCCGUCACGCUCUUUAUAAUGGUGCCUGUCAUUUGACGUUGCCGAUGAAGCAACUUUGGAUUGCUAUCUACAUUGUUGACGCUGUUCUCGUUUUUUUUAUUAUUCCCUUUGCUAUGUUUUACUAUGAGGGUGACCAGGACAAGAGUAUCGGAAAGCGGGUUAAAAGCGCCAUGUUAUGGGUGGGUGUAACAGCUGUUGUUUGCGCUCUUGUGUUGGGCAUUCUAUACGGUUUGGUUGGUAAGGUAGACUUUACUGUUCGACAUCUUUCGUCCAGCACAACUCCAUUUCCCGGUUCGUCGAGCUUUUCUAGUGGUAAUCCAUGUAUUGGGAGCUCACGACAGUGUUCUGCAUAUUCAGCUAGCCCAGCAUCAGAGACUACAUGGACUAUGCGAGCGACCUUCCCAGAAUAUGUUGUUGCCCUCUCUACUGUUGCAGGAUCUGUUCUUUUCACGAUAUUUGGUGCUGUUGGCAUUGCUUGUCUACCGCUCGGGCUUAUAUUUGCUUUCAUUAGGCGUCCAAAGGCUGUUAUAACUCGUUCCCAGUAUAUUAAGGAAGCCACCGAGCUUGGUAAAAAGGCAAGAGAGCUAAAGAAAACUGCUGAUGCCCUUCAUCACGAGGAAAGAAGUGGUAGCAAAGGGAGAAAAUGGCGUAAAAAUGUGAAAGCAGUGGAAAAGGAGUUACUUUUACUUGAAGAAGAUGUAAAAUCUUUGGAAGAGAUGUAUCCUCAAGGAGAAAAGGCUGAAACUGCUUGGGCUAUGACUGUAUUGGGUUACUUGGUAAAAGUUAUAUUGGGAAUCUUAGGGCUGAUUGUUUCAGUGGCUUGGAUUGCACAUAUUGUGAUCUAUCUGAUUGUUAGGCCUCCGCUUUCGCCUUUCUUGAAUUAUGUUUUCAUCAAGUUGGAUGAUGUUUGGGGGUUACUUGGUACUGCAGCAUUUGCAUUCUUCUGCUUCUAUCUUCUUGUAGCAGUUGUUGCUGGAGCAACUAUGCUUGGUCUAAAAUUAGUUUUCAUCACCAUUCAUCCAAUGAAGUGGGGAGCUACUCUUAUGAACUCCUUCCUGUUCAAUGUUGGUCUUAUUCUUCUUUGCUCCAUCAGUGUGAUCCAAUUCUGCUCCACUGCAUUUGCGUAUUAUGCCCAAGCAACAGCUGCUGGUGAAAUUUUUGGUCACACCUUGCAGUCUCUUCGUGGCAUCAAAUAUUUAUAUAAGUAUAAUGUGUUUCAAAUCGGCUUCAUUGCAUUAGCCAUAUUGACCUUCACCUACUAUUCCGCGUGUGGUUGGCGAAGAAAGAAGCCUUCCGGCAGGAUACAACUUUCCUCUUGAUUGUGUUCAGACAUCAAAAAUCAGCCACAUUAAGUUCUUAAAGUUGCUUAUAAUGAUGAUUUGAUCUUGUUCUAGUAUGCUUCGACAUAUAGUGUCAUCGAGCAAGGUGCUGAGAGUAAUGCUGCGCUACCGCCUACUACUGUUAUAUCUCUCUUUGUAUGUAUUUUUCGGCUUGAUUUGUGCAAUACCAAAUAUUUAGGACAUGUAGAGAGAUUCUUUUGGCACAGGAGGGAAGGGGUGGGUAUGAGCUUCUUACAGUUGUAAUAUAGUUGUCGGGCAGAGAGCGAUCGACUAGUUGUAUCGCAUUGUCUUCGACUGAUUCCUGAUUGUAUCCACAACACUAUAUUAUCAAUUUACAGUUGCAAGUUUGCGGAUGAAAACUUGUCACUACUUUUUUAUUUCACUGUAAGCAAUGCAGGAGAACUGAUGCCAUGUAUGUACUAUGAUAUGGUAGAAGUAUCGUAAGAGUCUUAUAUACACUAUUUUAAUGUGUA